UCUCACAGAAGGCUGAUAUCUACACUUCAUUUUAAUCGUUUCACCAGGUCAGCAGCCAGUCCAGAAGGUUCUGGUGCAGCGUCAGGCAACAGGCGCUUGCAGCAGACCCAGGCCCAGGUGGAUGAGGUGGUGGAUAUCAUGCGUGUUAAUGUGGACAAAGUGCUGGAACGUGACCAGAAGCUGUCUGAACUGGAUGACAGAGCCGACGCACUGCAGGCUGGAGCCUCCCAGUUCGAGACCAGUGCCGCUAAGCUGAAGAGGAAGUACUGGUGGAAGAACUGCAAGAUGUGGGCCAUCCUGAUAGCUGUCAUAGUGAUCAUCAUCAUCAUCAUUGUUAUUUGGAAUUACUCCUAAAACGGCAACAAGAGGAGGAGUGAAGAAAACGAUGACGAAGAGGAGAGGAGCAACAUACAUAAUUAAUAUCUCAAAGGAAGAUGUCAUGUGAUUACUGCCUACUGUGCUUCACAACGUUUUUCUCCUGGCAGGGAUCUUCAUUCCUUGGCCUGGUUUGCUCUGUGUGUGUGGGUGUGUGUGUGGGGGUGUCUGAGUAAAGGAUUGUCACAAUACCAGAGUUUUACCCUGCAUUACUACACCAUACCUGUUAUCUUUACACUUAUUAGAAUUCCAUUGCACUUGCCAAAGAAAACAGAAACAUACAUAAAGAAACUGGUUGACAAUUUAACUCGAUCUCAACCAAAACCUAUUUAAAAGUUUAAAUGAAUCCUCUUACAAUACACACACACACACACACACACACACACACACACACACACACACACACACACACACACACACACACACACACACACACGCGCACAUGUACAUACAUACAUCAACCUCAGGACAUGAAGUGAAGAAUGUUGUUGUAAACUCUCCUCAAUUUAUAUUGACUUUUUUAUGUUUUAUUAAUAGCCAUUGAUUUUGUGUGCCAGGCUAAAAGACGUGCCUUUGAGGAUAUGCUGUUCUGUGUUAGUUAACAUAGUAUUAGUAACCCUGCAUAUAAUUGAAGAGAUGCCCCUUUCCAACACAUAACACAUUUGUACUUUUCAGAUGCCAAAAUUUAGAUUUUUCUCAUUUAAAGGUUAUUUGCUAAUUCAUUUCUCUGUGCAAAACAUUUGAAUUGAGAUUGAAUUAAGAGGAAUUUCAUUGGUCACCCGGCAACAAAUGAGCUAACCAGUAACACACUGUUGAACCACCUGAUCAUACCUGUCAUUGUCCAUCUUCCUUUCAGGUUGGACAGUAGAAACUAAUAUAGACUUGUGUUUAGAUAAGUGCCUUUAUGUUAAGACCUAUAGCCUUACAGCUACGUAAGACUAGAGAAACUGCUAAGAAGCUUACUACACUUAGUGCUACACUGGGUUAAAAGUGGCAAAUUGUUUCAAGCAGGUGUUUUCAAUGACGUGCUAGAAAGUUUGCCUUUUUGUGAUCUAUUCAAGCACAAGAAAAUGUAGUAUUAGACAGGUGCCUUUAAUAGGUUUCUCCAAUGGAGAACAGCCAAAAUACAGCCAAGCCUUAUUGGUCAUAUAUACCAGCCAGUAAAAGUAGUGCCUUCUGAAUGCUCCAACUGUCCAAACAAAUACUAUGCUGCUUGCUUAUUCAGCUGAACUCAUUAGCCUUUAAUACACUCUUCUGUUUAGUCAUACUGUCAUUUUUUCCCACUUUCCCCACACAUAUUUUAGUGUUAUUGCGCCUCUAACAAUAGCUUUUUGUAAUCUAUUAUAUGUAGAUCUAACCUUAAGGAGACUGUGUAUAGUAUUUUUUGUUUUGGAGAUCACUGCUGCUCAGCAUCAUGCGUUCUUGAGUGUAGAGAAAAACUUUGUUGGGCAAUGACAGUGUUGUACACCGACACUGGAUGAUUGCAUUCUGUUGCCUCCAACUCUAUUAAAAUAAAUGUAUUUUAAUGAGAUAAACAAUUUGGGAUUACUUUGUACAUUAAUUUCACUUUGUCUGGAAUUUCAUAGCUGAAAUUACAACUGUUGAUGUUGCAUGUUUCAGUAGUUUUUAAGGAAUUAGCUGUUAUUGGUCCUUCACAAUGCAUGCAUUGGAGUCUCUCUCUCUCUCUCUCUCUCUCUCUCUCUCUCUCUAAAAGGGACCAGUCUUUUAUCACAGAUUUGUGGUGUUGUCAUCCUCUACGUUGCCUGCCUACACCAUCCAUGGUCUACAACAGAUAUCUGUCACCCAGUAACUUCCAACCUUUGCUUCGGUCUAUACUGGGAAUGCAUUUGCAAUUCUAUUAUUUGGCCCUAAGUUCCUUUUUGCUUGAAUACAACAGAGUUAACUUA